CCGCCUCCUCGCCGCGCGGGGCCGCGCAGCGCGCUCCCGCCGCCCCUCCCCACACGAGCUCCACCCAGGUCGCAGGCAGCGCGGUCGGCAGCGGCUGUUUCCCGCCAUUGUGCGAAGUGGAGGCUGGGGGCUGCACGCGCCGCUCCUGACGGCCUCCAGCAGCUCCUCGGCGGCUGCCGCCGCAGCCGCUGCUCUCUGAGGCACGAGGAGGCCGGGCGGCCCGCGCCCCGCUGUGCGUGGGAGGGCGCGGGCGAGGAGCGGCCGAGCUCCUGAGGAGAAGCUGGGCGCCGGCCACCCGGGCCGCGCCGUCCCCGGCCCUCGGCGAGAUGCCCUGUGGGGAAGACUGGCUCAGCCACCCGCUUGGGAUCGUGCAGGGCUUCUUCGCCCAAAAUGGAGUUAAUCCUGAGUGGGAGAAGAAAGUAAUUGAAUAUUUCAAGGAAAAGCUGAAGGAAAAUAAUGCUCCUAAAUGGGUACCAUCAUUGAAUGAAGUUCCCCUUCAUUAUUUGAAACCUAACAGUUUUGUGAAAUUUCGUUGCAUGAUUCAGGAUAUGUUUGACCCUGAGUUUUACAUGGGAGUUUAUGAAACGGUUAACCAAAACACAAAAGCACGCGUUCUUCAUUUUGGAAAAUACAGAGAUGUAGCAGAGUGUGGGUCUUUUCUUAACCUUUCAUUUAACGCCUAUGUUAAUGCAAACCAAGCUCGAGUCAGUCCUUCAACAUCCUAUACUCCCAGUCGUCACAAGAGGAGUUAUGAAGAUGAUGAAGAUAUGGACCUACAGCCCAAUAAACAGAAAGACCAACAUGCAGGUGCCAGACAAGCAGGGAGUGUUGGUGGACUCCAGUGGUGUGGAGAGCCAAAACGUUUAGAAACUGAAGCUUCUACCGGGCAACAGCUGAACUCCCUGAACCUCUCUUCUCCUUUUGAUCUGAAUUUUCCAUUGCCAGGAGAAAAGGGCCCUGCAUGCCUUGUGAAGCUGAUAUGUCUCCAAAUUGAAGCUUUAUUGUCUCUCCGCAGGGACGCCUCUGCACUGCUGGAUCCAAUGGAGUGCACAGACACAGCAGAAGAGCAGAGAGUACACAGUCCUCCUGCUUCAUUAGUGCCAAGAAUUCAUGUGAUUUUAGCCCAGAAGUUGCAACACAUCAACCCAUUAUUGCCUGCUUGCCUUAACAAAGAGGAGAGCAAAACCUUUGUUUCAAGUUUCAUGUCCGAAUUGUCUCCAGUCAGGGCAGAACUGCUUGGGUUCCUCACUCAUGCCCUUUUGGGGGACAGUUUGGCUGCUGAAUACCUUAUAUUACAUCUCAUCUCUACAGUAUAUUCAAGAAGAGAUGUUCUUCCACUAGGAAAAUUUACAGUUAACUUGAGUGGUUGCCCACGGAAUAGUACUUUCACAGAACACUUAUAUCGAAUUAUUCAACAUCUUGUGCCAGCUUCUUUUCGUCUACAGAUGACUAUAGAGAACAUGAACCAUUUGAAAUUCAUUCCCCACAAAGACUACACAGCCAAUCGCUUGGUCAGUGGACUUCUUCAGCUGCCCAACAAUACUUCACUUGUAAUUGAUGAGACUCUUCUGGAGCAAGGGCAGCUAGACACCCCAGGUGUUCACAAUGUGACUGCCCUGAGCAACCUGAUAACUUGGCAAAAGGUGGAUUAUGACUUCAGUUACCACCAGAUGGAAUUCCCCUGCAAUAUUAAUGUUUUUAUUACUUCGGAGGGAAGGUCACUCCUCCCGGCAGACUGCCAGAUUCACUUACAACCCCAGCUAAUUCCACCAAACAUGGAGGAGUACAUGAACAGCCUUCUCUCAGCGGUGCUGCCUUCUGUGCUGAACAAAUUCCGCAUUUAUCUAACCCUUUUGAGAUUCCUGGAUUAUAGCAUAUCUGAUGAAAUAACCAAGGCAGUUGAGGAUGACUUUGUGGAAAUGCGUAAGAAUGACCCUCAGAGCAUCACCGCUGACGAUCUCCACCAGCUGCUUGUGGUGGCUCGGUGUCUGUCUCUCAGUGCUGGUCAGACAACACUGUCAAGGGAACGAUGGCUAAGAGCAAAGCAGCUGGAGUCUCUAAGAAGAACCAGGCUUCAGCAGCAAAAGUGUGUGAAUGGAAAUGAACUUUAAAGAUCGGAGGCCUAUGAAGAAUAAUUGUAGUCACAUUAUUAUAAAAUUCAAAUAUCAUUUAUACCACAUUGUUUUAUAGAUAAUUUGUAUCACAAACCAAUGACUUUUCCUGAAAUUAAGCCUGGUAACAUCUGAAGUUUAUAUGAUAUUCAGUAAGGGCUUUUACCUUACUGGUUUUAUGGAGCUUUUCAAGUUUGUUUUAUAAUUAUAUAAAUUAGUAAUGAUGUAAAAAAAGUAUUUGAUAUUAAAAGUUUACUGUUGACUAAUG